UCGCGAUACUUCCUAACUUUGACUCUUGAGUCUGAGGUUUCCUCCAUCUAGGCAAACAAAGAUGGUGGCUCCCUGAUUGUGCAUGUGGUUUCGAAGACGGAAAAACUAUUUCAUAACUGUACAGAACAUUUAUUAAGCAUCAUUAAGUCAAACAGUAGUGUCUGUGUUGAAGCUGUGAGCAGGUCUCUGAAGAACUAAAAUGCAACACGACGACGUGAUCUGGGACAUUAUUGGGAACACACAGUUCUGCUCCUUCAAAGUCAAGACGAAGAGUCAGAACUUCUGUCGUAAUGAAUACAGCAUCACGGGGCUGUGCAACCGCUCAUCCUGCCCGCUGGCCAACAGCCAGUACGCCACCAUCAGAGAGGAGAAAGGUCAGUGUUUCCUCUAUAUGAAGGUGAUCGAGAGAGCAGCGUUUCCCAGCAGGAUGUGGGAGAAGGUGAAACUUAGUAAAAACUAUGAGAAAGCUCUGGAACAGAUCGACGAGAAUCUGAUUUACUGGCCUCGGUUCAUCAGACACAAAUGUAAACAGAGAUUCACCAAAAUCACCCAGUACCUGAUCCGCAUGCGCAAGCUGGUCCUCAAGAGACAGAGGAAGCUGGUUCCUCUCAGCAGGUAGGUGGAGCAGAGAGAGAAGAGGAAAGAAGAGAAGGCUCUGAUUGCUGCUCAGCUGGAUAACGCCAUUGAGAAGGAGCUACUGGAGAGACUCAAACAGGGAACGUACGGAGACAUCUACAACUUCCCGAUCCACGCCUUUGACAAAGCUCUGGAGCAGCAGGAUGAAGAGAGCGAGUCGGAGGAGGAGGAGGAAGAUGAGGAGGAUGUCGGGAGGAGAGUGUUUGUCACAGAAGAAGAAGUGGAUGAGAGCGACCUGAGUGAUUUUGAGGACAUGAACAAGCUGAAGACGAGCAGCGACGAGGAGGAUGAGAAUGAGGAACAGUCAAGUGAUGAAGAAGAGAUGGAGGUGGAGAUGAAGAUCUCCAAGUCUAAGGGCAAAUCUCCGGCAAAUGGUUCGGUGGCGAGGAAAAAGCGAGCGUAUGUGGAGAUCGAGUACGAGCAGGAGACAGAGCCCGCCCCCAAGAGCAGAGCCACGUAAUGAUGUCACAGACCCUCAGCUAUCAGUCAAACUGAGACUCUGCUGCUGUCCCUGAAUGCCACACGGUGCGUUCACUAACCCGCAGUGUUCUGUUCAUUAUUGAGGCUCCUCACAGGACAUGGAACCUCUGACUCUGUUCAUGUUGGUGGUUUCACUGCUCUGGGUGUGUAAGGGUUCGCUCAGGCCUCAGGUACUGAAGAGUCCUGAACCAUUUCUAGUUUCAGGGCUCUAAUUCACAAAGAUGAACCUUUUCAAAUAUCAUCCAUCGACCAGUUGUUUCAGCUCCACUUGUACACUGAUGUACAACUCAGUGCAUCCAGCACAACAUCCGUCUUUCUGCAGUUCAUUGUUUCAGAUUUUGCUGAAGUGUCAGAAAUGUAAUUUUGGACAUUUAUUAAUUCAAUGUUAUGUUAUAUUUAAAGGUAUUCCUAAUAUUCUGACCCCCCUCAUAUAUGUAAAUGGGAGGAUAAAUCCAAAUCCAUAGAUGGGUUUGAAUGUAAUGCAGUGCAGUAGAACCCCAGUUCUAACCAAGACUUCAAUAAUAAACACAGUUGGUUUUAUACAUUUCUG